AUGCAGCCAGUCCCACUGUUGAUUUACAGUCGAUUUCGAGUCCUAUUUGCGCAAUGUGUUUUCGCUAUUUCGGAUCUUUCCAUAUCCAUGUUCGUUGAUUCGCAGGCCGAUUUUUAUUCCCAUUUCACCUGUAUACUUCUGCCCACAGUUGCGAUAAACUCCCGAGCAAUCCAGUUUGUCAGCCUUCUCGUGUUGCAUCGGCAGACUAAUGGAAGCGUUGUCUUCUCCUGUGUUAUCAUCUUGAUAUUCCAUUCCAUUUGUAGCGGUCUCAAUUUUGACUCAGUUGAGCAGGUUUGGCAGGCAAAUCCACUUCUGAUCGACCUGAUUCUUGAUCUGAUGAUACCCGUUAGUAAGGCAAAUCCGCAUUCGUUUGUCCAAUUCCUCGUUCAAGAAUUCAGUGUCGGUUAG